CCAAUACUUUUAAAGGGGACUAAUUAAAUUAGAUGCAGUUCCUUCUUACAAAUAUCUUACAUACUGUAUAUUUUUGCACAAUAAGGAAAUGAAAAGGAAGAUUCUGAUAAUGCCUGGGGAACUCUUUCAGUGUAGUGUCUAGUUCCUCCAUCACGAUGUUUCCAUUAAUAAACAAGUUCCUUUUUGCUUCACAAGUGGUGUGUAGCGUUAAUUUCGCUUUGUCAGUAUAAUUUUUUACACUUCCUUAUUACAGAUUAAUUCCAUGCCAAGUCUGCUCCUUUUAUUGUGUGUGUGUGUGUGUGUGUGUGUGUAUACACCUCUGGCCAUUUCAGGGAAAUUACUUUACAUGUGCACUUAUGUUAGAAUACAUUUGCUGAGGAAUAUCUAUGUGAUAUAGUUUUCAUUUCUCUGUCUCGUGGAAUGUGUGGUGGAUAAGAUCCAAAGAAAGGUGGUGUAAAGAGUGUGGCAGGAAGUUUGAUAAGGGUUUGGUUAACUGUCUGUCAGCACUCGCUCUCUCUCUCACUCUCACUCUCUCUUUUUUUCUCAAUGUCUAACGCACUUUCUCUUUUUGCUGUGCAGAGAUCUCCCUUCACUUUGUAACGAGGCAAGCGCUAGGACUAAGUCACUAUUAAUGGGCCGAAAACUGAGUAGCUUGUGGUAGGUUUACACCAUUUUUCUGCUUUCUUGGACGUCAUUCAUUGCACCUUUAAUCUGAAACAUUUCAGAACAAGUUAAAUGUGGGUACAGAUACGCAUUUGGUCGUCUUUUGCCAAAUAGAGAUGCACUGGUUUCCAGAGACACAUCAAAGGACUGUUUUGUGAUCAUAAUGCUUGCCAAGGCUAGAGAGAAAGGUCUGAGUUUUGUGAGAUGACCUUUCUAAAAUUUGUUUCUGUUCAGUAUAACUAAAUCCCACUGAACCUGUGGAUAAUGAGCGCAGUACGUACUGCUCCAGUUCAGGCGGAGAGUCAGAGGCUUUCCUGGGUUGUUGGGGUUGUGACUGUGGUGGCGAUUACCUCAUCCUUGCUAUCAGCUCUGUCCCUAUACCACGUGCUGGCUCUGCAGGCAGAGGUGGAAGUGCUGAGGAACGAAGUGAGCCGCAGGAGAGAAGGAUGCAGGGACACACCAAGGGAAAGUGUGAGAGGACCUCAGCCUCAUCAGCAGCAACAUGAGGACGACAGGAACAAAGCCCUGGUGAGUACCAGUGUGGCGCCCCCUAAUAUGCAGAUGGAUGCUUCUAGAAGGCAGCAAGAGAAGUUCAAAUUGAAGAAGAGAAGUCUGGCAAGUGAGUCUGAACAAUCAGUGGUUCAGCCAUUCUUGCAGCUGAUGGCAGACAGCAAGAGGGAAAUCUUUCAGAAAGAGUUUACACAGGAGAAACACACUGGCAUUCCGUGGCAGGCAAGCCUAAAACAAGGCUCAGCUCUUGAGGAGGAACAGGAUGUCAUAGUGGUCAAAGAGGAGGGCUACUACUUCAUUUACAGUCAGGUUUAUUACAAAGACCCCACUUUUGCAAUGGGUCAUAUCGUAAUCCGCAUGAAAAAGUAUGUGGUUGGGGACGAGAGUCAACAUGUUGUUCUGUUCCGAUGCAUCCAGAGCAUGAACGUGAAGGUUCCUUAUAACACCUGCUACACAGGAGGGAUAGUGAAGCUAGAUGUUGGAGACAGAGUGGAGCUGCUCAUACCUCGCCCCACUGCAACCAUCUCUCUGGAUGGAGACUGCACCUACCUGGGGGCCAUCAAACUGGCCUGAUCUAACUCAAGGAGAUGGAACUCUACAAGAUAGUGGACAUGAGACACCAGGUUAUACUGCUUUUGGACAUCUCAGUAUACCCAUUUCCAAGCACUUUCUUUCACUAACCUAUAGAGAUUGUGCAUUUUGCCCAAAUUAGUGUAUUGUUAGGAACUGAUGAACUCCAAUACUUUACAUGUGGAGGUUGAUGAGUGUGAGCUAAAUACAUGUGAAAUUACUGCAGUAAGCUUCCUCUCAGUGUGAAUGAGUGUAUGAAUGUGUGUGUACCUGGUGCUCUAUGAUGGAACGGUAUCCCAUCCAGGAUGAAUUCUCCCAUGCAGCCACGGUUCCCGGGAUUGGCUCCGGUAUAACUGCAACCCCGACCAAGAUAAAUGGGUGACUGAACAAAAUGAAUUAUUUGCUCCUAGCUGAUUAUACUAUACGGUGGGUGGAUGAUUAUACGGUGCCCUGUGAUAGACAUCCAGGCUCUAUUCCCUCCUCACAUGCAGUGUUCCUGGGAUAUGCUCAGGAUGCAGGAUAAAGUGCUUACUGAAUAUAACUGAAUGAGUGGGACAUGUGGAACUCUUUACACAGUGUAAAUCAAAGUCUUCUUGUGGACCUUGGAAACUAGUGUCAUAAUGACCUCAAGCACAUACUUUUCCUGCUUCCUCUAAGUCUACAAAAACCUGGCCUUUGAGAUGGCUCUUUCAACAACUUUUGAACACUUCUUGUCCCACAUUUUAGCAUCCACAUAAAUCAUUGUCUUCCUCUAUCUUAAAUAAAAUGGCAUAAAUGGAGAGACCAGAUUGUUCAAUAACAGUUAGGACACAAUACCAGUACUAUAGGCUAACAGCUGUUGUGGGUAAUUUUCAAUAUUUUUUGCAAGCAUAGAACAUGUGGGUUAUAACCACGCACAGAAUACAGUCUGGAAUUAGCCAACAGUUAAAUUACAGGUUUUGAAUACAUUUGUUUAGCCUUGUGAUUUGUUUGUGGUUAUGUGAUCUUACUUCACAUUUCAGCAGAGGGCAGCACUGGCACAUAAAUGGACCACAAUCCUAUGGCUUGCCAUUUUUGGAACCACUGGUUUUGUUAAAAAAAAAAAAAAUGGAUGGUACUUUUUCAUAAUGUUGUUACCAAUUUCAACCACAUGUUCAGUAUUUUACAAUUACUCCCACAAAGGUAGGAGGUCCUUAAAUUCACACCUAUGUACAGAAUUUACCGUAUGUGUGUUUUAGUUAUUGAUAUAUGAGUCAGUAAUUGAUGUAAAUUUGUGAUUAUUAUAUACAGCUAAUGUGCUAAAUAACUGCAUUAUAUUCACAAUUGGCCUUCUUUAAACAAUUUAGUUAAAUCAGUUCUCUGUAUCAGUAUCACUACUGGUAGCAGUCCAAUGCUGACAUAUUUCAAGUUAAACCUUCAGAUGGCAUCAAUUUCCAAGAGAAAGCUUCUGUGGCAAAGGCAUUUGUGACAAAUGCAUCUAAAACUUGAAUCACUCACUACAUUUAUACGAAAUUUACAACCCACAUCCAUUUUCCAAUAUUAAUCAGAAUUUGGCAAUAUCUUAUUCAAUAUUGAUUUAUGUAAACACUUUCUAUCCGAUUGCCCAAUUAAGACAAUAUUCUGAUUCCCCAAAUUAUUAUUCUCACCUCUGGAAUGUGCCUGGUUUAAUUGGAAAUUUGUUGCAUGUAAACACCUUAUUCAAAAAAUCCACUGAAAGGAGAUAUAUGCGCAUGCUCAGUCCGCAAGGAAUUUUGGGUGCUAACAGAUGCUUAGCUGUAGGCUAGGUAUUUAGGAAUGGCAACUUAGGCAUACUUACAACAACCAUGUAUACAGGAAUAUUCUGAUGCCUGUACACAUAUAAAGAUCGUAUUCUGAAUAUGGCUGCAACCCGAAUAUAGACUUCAAUAAAUAGUUAACCCAUUGUCUCGGUUGUGUGUCGAGCAUGAUAUAUAUACUCUGCCUUUCUUUGAAUAAAAGAGAGAUCUUGCCAUUUGAAUUAUGUAUGUCUGUGUCAUUUGGCAGACUAUCCCUAGGCCUUGGAGUGGGAAGUGUGUGGCGGGGCGAGGGCGCCGUCUUUUUGUGUAUUUUCUCUUUCUCUUUUCCUAACCCGAAGAUCACAAAUCCUAACAGUUAUUCAGUGAAUUAUAUUUCUAUUGAAAGGUGUACAUGUAUGCUAAACACUAAGGGUUUCAUCUUGUACUAAAUUCACUUUAUUAAUCCCAAAAUCAGGCAGAGAAAUGCCAAAGGAUUUAAGCCUGGUACCUGGUUCCAUCUGUGUUAGAGAUUUUAUUUUUCUCUGAUGCAGUAGCUUUUAAAAUCCCAUAAAAUCUCUCUGUUGAAAUGUUAACAGUUAUUAAUAUUGAUAAGCCCAUAUGACAAAGUUUAUGUGUGGUGAUAUCUGACCUAUGUAAAAUGUUACAUUAGUGCUGCAGGGCAUAGAAAAUGGGUUACUGUAUAUGGUUUCAUUUUAAUUGUUGUAUUGUUGUAUGUUAACUAAGAUCAGAUACUCAUGCCUUAUUUAAUCUCAGAAAUAUUGCUAAGAUAAGAAAUGUAAUGUCAUUACAUGAUGCAGAAAAACUAAUGAUUUUGUUACCUCUAGGUUGGAUUAUUGUAAUGCCUUACUGCUUGGAUGUUCCAGUAGGUGUAUAAACAAACUCCAGUUAGUCCAGAAAGAUGCAGCCAGAGUCCUUACUAGAACCAGAAGAUAUGACCACAUCACCCCUAUCUUAUCCAUUCUGAAUUGGCUACCAGUCAAAUUUCACACUGAUUAAAAAAAUACUACUAUUGAUCUAUAAAACACUGAAUGGUCUCGAUCCACAGUACCUGAGAGAAGUUAAGGUUGAUUAUUAUCUGCCAUGCCUACUUCAGUCUAAAGGUGCAGGCUAUUUGUUGGUACAGUGCUGUGAAAAAGUAUUGCCCCAUCAUGAUUUUUGUCUGUUUUUGUGUAUAUCUCAUAUUAAAUUGUUUCAGAAAUUAAAACAAAAAUUAAGAUAAAACAAAGACAACCUGUAUUUUAAACACAAAAUACAGUUGAUGAAUGGUAAUGUUGUUUAUUGAAGCAAAAAAGUUAUCCAAUAUCAACUGGGCCUGUGUGAAAAUGUAUUUGCCCCCAUAGUUACUAAUUCCCCAAAUCUAUGAAACUGCAUUCAUAAUGGAGUUCAGCUGGAAUAGAUGCAACCAGGCCUGAUUACUGCAAACCCUGUUAAAUCAAAUCAACACUUAAAUAGAACUUUUCCAACAGCAUGAAGUUGGUUAAAAGGUCUUACUCAGUAACACACUAUGCCAAAGUUGAAAGAAAUUCCAGAAAUAAUGAAGAAGGUCAUUGAAAUACAUCAGUCUGGGAAUGGUUACAAAGCUAUCUAAAAGGGUCUGGGACUCCCAAGGACCGCAAGAGCCAUUAUCUCCAAAUGGAAAAACUCCUCAUAGUAGUAAACCUUCCCAGAAGUGUCCAGCCUUCCAAAAUUCCUCCAAGAGCACAGUAACGACUCAUCCAGCAGGUCACAAAAGAGCAACAUCAAAGGACCUACAGGCCACUUUUAGAUCAAUAAAGGUAACUGUUCAUUUAAUUCAAUUCAAUUCAAUUUUAUUUGUAUAGCACUUUUUACAAUAGACAUUGUCUCAAAGCAGCUUUACAGAAAUAUCAACACAGAAAUAUCUCCCUAAGGUGUUAAGAGGAAGAAACCUUGAGAGGAACCAGACUCAGAAGGGAACCCAUCCUCAUCUGGGUAACAACAAAUAGUGUGAAAAAGUUAAUUAUGGAUUUAUAUGAAGUCUGUUUGGCCUUAGAAGCAGCCAUAGUCUCAGCAAUCUGGAAUUGGAGUAGAUGAGAGCUCCAUCCAGAGGUAGGAAAUCCGAAACGGAACAGGCAGGUCUGGAGAGCAGAUAGGAUCAGGAUCUCUAGUAUCUCCAUAAUAUUGUGUGUGGCUCGACAGAAGGAGAGAAGGAGAGAAAAGAUUAUUAGGACUGUGCUUAGUGCAACGGAAAGGCUAGUCAGGGCAGGCUUGAGUAAACAAAUACAUUUUAAGCCCAGACUUAAACACUGAGACUGUGUCUGACUUCCGAACACUAAUUGGAAGGCUGUUCCAUAAAUGUGGGGCUCUAUAAGAGAAAGCUCUUCCCCCUGCUGUAGCCUUUGCUAUUUGAGGUACCGUCAAAUAGCCUGCAUCUUUUGAUCUAAUUAGGCUUGGUGGAUCAUAGAAAACCAAAAAGUCACUUAUAUACUGUGGCACGAGACCGUUUAGUGCUUUAUAGGUUAAUAAUAGUAUUUUAUAAUCAAUGUGAGAUUUCACUGGGAGCCAAUGCAGGGUUGAUAAGAUCGGGGUGAUGUGGUCGUAUCUUCUGGUUCUAGUUAGGACUCUAGCAGCUGCAUUCUGGACUAACUGGAGCUUGUUUAUGCUCCUACUGGAACAUCCAGACAGUAAGGCAUUACAGUAAUCUAGUCUAGAGGUGACGAAUGCAUGAACUAAUAUUUCUGCAUCAUGUAGUGACAAUAUAUUCCUUAUCUUAGAAAUAUUUCUGAGAUGAAAGAAGGCUAUCCUAGUAAUAUCAUCUACAUGAGCAUCAAAUGAUAGCCUGGAGUCAAUAAUCAGACCAGGGUCUUUUACUGCUGCACAUGAUGAAACAAAAAGACCAUCCAGAGUAACUAUGUGAUCAGAAAGCUUACUUCUAGCUACACGUGGUCCUAAUACAAGUACUUCUGUCAUCAGAAUUAAGUAAAAGGAGGUUAGUUAGCAUCCAGCAUCUAAUGUCCUUUACACAAUCCUCAACUUUACUAAGUCCUCUGGCUUCGCUGAAACAUACAACUGUGUAUCAUCAGCAUAACAGUGGAAGCUAAUUUCAUGUUUACGAAUAAUUUGACCUAGAGGUAGCAUAUAUAAAGUAAAAAGCAGUGGGCCUAAAACGGAACCUUGUGGAACACCAAAUUUAAUCUCGGUAUGCAUGGAGAAGUCUCCAUUUACAUCUACAAACUGAUAACAAUCGGUUAAAUAAGACCUGAGCCGGGAGAGGACUGUUCCCUUAAUGCCAACAACAUUUUCUAAUCUAUCAAAGAGAAUAGUAUGAUCUAUAGUAUCAAAGGUUGCACUAAGGUCAAGUAAAACAAGCAGCGAGACACAACCCUGAUCAGAGGCCAGUAGUAGGUCAUUUACUACUUUAACUAACGCUGUCUCUGUGCUAUGAUGAGGUCUAAAUCCUGACUGAUACAUUUCAAGAAUGUUGUUCCUAUGCAAGUAUGAGCAUAAAUGCUGUGCUACAACUUUUUCUAAGAUCUUGGAGAUGAAGGGGAGAUUUGAUAUAGGUCUAUAGCUGGACAGUUGAGAGGGGUCAAGGUCAGGUUUUUUAAUCAGGGGUUUAAUAACUGCUAAUUUAAGUGAUUUAGGUACAUAGCCAGUGCUAAGGGAAGAAUUGAUUAUAUUUAAAAGUGGUUCAAUUACUCCAGGACAAAUCUGUUUAAAAAAACAUGUAGGUACAGGAUAUAGUAUGCAAGUUGAUGAAUUUGCUGAAGGGAUUAAGGUAGCUAGUUCGGUCUCUCUAAGGGGAGUAAAACAUUGUAAACAUUGAUCUGAUAUUGCUAUAUCAUCGUCUAUAGGGUUAGUUAUAAUACUGUCUGGUUUUAAUUUAAUAGCCUGAAUUUCACAUCUAAUAUUUUCAAUCUUACCAAUGAAAAAUUUCAUGAAAUUUUCGCUGCUAUGUAAUGAUUGAGUGUUUCUUUCUGUAGUGGUUUUAUUCCUAGUUAAUUUUGCUACUGUGUUGAAUAGAAAUCUUGAAUUGUUUUUGUUGUCUCCUAUUAAGGUGGAGAGAUAGACUUUUCUAGCAUCGCUAAGAGAUUUUCUAUAGGUCAGUAGGCUCUCCUUCCGUGCUGUUUGAAAUACUACUGUAGUGGGGUGUGUGUCGUGGUUAAAACGUCACCCUUAUUAACUACGUGGCCAAUGAGCUCUCUCCCUACCACAGUACAUAAGUGGUGUUUAGGCCUUCCAGAAUGCGUCAUGGUCAAAAACCCGCCCCUUCUUUUCGUUGCUUUGGACUACAGAGGUAUGUGUUUUUAGCUCUGUCGCUUAGCUGUUUGAUGCUAGCAUUGUCUACUUACCAUGCAAUUUACUUGUUUAGAGUGAAGUUGGGCUACCGAGACUGUGUACAGGUGUGGUGUGCUGCUUACUCUCAGUGCGGUGUGCUGUCAAGGCUCCCAUCUGUGUAGCAUGGUAAUUUAAUGUAGCUCCGGUCAGAGCGCCAGCUGUUGUCGUUACAAGUAUUAAAGAAGCUAUCAUGAUUUUCGUAUGUGCCAUCGUGAGUACUAUGUCAUCGGAUCACAGUAGGUAAAUCAUUUAGUUCUAUUACUCGAGCUAAAUGAUUUUGCAUGCUUUCCAAAGUGAGGUUGUAACACCUGUUUGUUCUUUGGGUCCUCAAUUUUGCAUGCGUUAAGGUGGGCUGAGUGAGAUGGGGUCGUUUCGGUAUACCUCCUCCCCCUUACUCACGGAGCCACGUUGCUUGAUUCUGCUUUGGGCUGCUUGAUUCUGCGUGAUUCUACGUGAUUCUGGUUGGUUUUGUUGUUUCAGUUUGUUUUGCUUUUAUUUAUGUUUGUUACUGUCACUAAGAUCAGUUUUAUUGAACUCAACUGUUGUAACAGUCUUCAUCAAUUAUGCUGAUACUGCUAUGUGGUAGUAGUGGUUUUGGUCAGUCUUGGUAAACUUGUUACCUGUAAUCAGUUUGAGCUCGGGGUUAUGUCUGUGUUUUUGUGACGGUAAGUUUGUCUUUGUUUCAUUUUAUUCUUUUGUCUGUCUGCUUGGAGCAUAUUGUAAUUGACUUUGUGUUUUUGUUUUCUCCUUGUAGGAGCUGAGUGCUUCCUGAGGCUGGGGGGAGUUCUUUGCUGCACCUUAGGCUUUACUUAAUUAAGGGUCAUUAUUAUUGCUGUGUUUAUUUGCAGUGAAUUUUUGUGGGUAUGAUUCUGAUUAGUGGGGUGCUUUUCCAAUUUGUAUAGCUAGUGCUGUCAUACUAGCCUGCCCUUCAUACAGGAAGUCUCAGUCCUCCUACGAUUAUUGUUCAUUUCCUUUUGUGACUGUUUUAUUUGACCAAUGGCUGACUGCAUUGGCUGCUUUUUUUCUUAAAUAAUUCUUGGCCAGUCUUUUUAACUUCAAAAUAAAAUGUAUUUUUGUACGGAAACCCAUGCCUCUUGCCUGUUCUAAGUGGAAAGUAUUUGCGUGUCUUUAUUUGGGUUGUCCCCGUUUUCCCAGGAUGGCGUAGUUGUUGCAAAACGAGCCACACUGCUACACUACCAAUUUGGUUUGACGCCAUUUACGUUCUAAUUGUCGAGUGGUCUGUUUUAAGGUAUGUGUUUUAUCGUUAGACCAGGGUGCUAUUUUUUUGUCUCUAAUUAAUUUUCUUUUGAGUGGAGCCACUCUAUCUAGCGUGUAGCGGAGUGUUUACUCUAAGCAUUCAGUCGCCUGAUCGAGUUCUAUCAGAUCAGACAGUGAUCCAAAUCUAAUUGAUGUCUCUGCGAGGUUAUUUAUGAAGCUCGGUGCAGUAGCUGAUGUGAAAGUACGUCUUAUGCGGUGGCGAGGU